AUGGUUAUGAAGAAAAAAAACCGGCCUUCAUUCUUCGCGGUUUUGGUCCAGGACUACAUCAACAAGCUCUUGAGAACCAGCUGUGGAGAAAUUUGGGAUGUGAAAAUCGAGGAAUUCAACGAGUACAAAUACUUCACUGUGGGCUGGCGUAAGUUUGUCAUAGAUGCAGAACUCAGGAGAGAUAAAUUUUUGGUGUUCUGGUUCAAUAUUAAUUCUUCCAUAUUUGAUGUUUCGAUUUUUGGAAUUGGGGGUUUGGAGAGGGGCAUUUCUGUCCAGAAUAAUAUCUCCAUUACAGAGGAUGAACUGGAUGAUGAUGAUGAUGAUGAUGCCCUAGCUCCAGCAACUUCGAAAAGAUUUUGUUGUGGCAGCUGGCUUACUGGGGAAAAACGCCGUGAUUCUGGAAUAUCCUCCGGACAAGCGUCGUUGGACGGUUACACUGCACCGCUACACGAAUGUUAA